ACCGUUGUGGCAUCGCCACCGUCGCGUCUCACCAAAACCCUCUUAUAUCUUUUUCUCUCCCGUAACCUGCCCUAUCAUUCCUUCACGAAGAGGAGAACCGCAGACCAAGCACCUCGGAGCUGUGGGUGUCGUCAGGGGGGACUCGCUCUUUUUGUGCUUCGGGACGGACGGAUGUGACCGUGGCCUGGAGGCAACACUUUCGCCAUGAAGCCCGUCAUCGUGCUGCUCUGUGCCGCGGCUGCACUAGCAGGUCCUGUUGAACGCAGUAAAACCUGCUCGAGGCAUUGCACGGAGAGCCGCAAGUUUACCUACCAACCAAGCACGACCUACGUCUACGACUAUGCGUCGACAACUGAAACCGCAGUCCAAGGCACGACCUCUCAGAAGGUGGCCGUCCAUAUAAAGUGCCAGGUCGAAAUUGAGCCCUUGGGAUCGUGCGACUUCUUGCUUCAGAUUCGGGGCACCACCCUGGAGGAGGAAGACCCCUCGCGGCCUGGACAGCGGAGACCCUCGCCGAGCCUGGCCGAGCUCAGGGAUGCCCUGGAGCGGCAGCCGCUUCGCUUCUCGUACCAGGACGGCCGCGUGGACAACCUGUGUCCUGCGCAGGGCGAGACUCCGCGGGCUCUGAACAUCAAGAAGGCCAUCCUGUCCUUGCUCCAGAACAGCAUGAAGGAGCUGGAAGUGAGCGAAGACGUGAACGAGCUCGACAUCGCUGGAAGGUGUCCCACGAUCUACGAGACGCUCCCGAAAGGCUGGUCCUCGACGAGCGUACGCCGGAUCAAGGACCUCUCUCAAUGCAAGGACCGCGAGAGCACAGUCACUGCUUUGCAGGCUUCGUCAGUGGACGACAACCUGCGGUCAGCGCCAGUGGUCAAGGGUCGCCAGGAGUGCAAGCAGGUCUUCCAGAAUGGCCUCGUCGACAGCGUCGAGUGCAAGGAGUCGCACGUGGUGCGCCCCUUCUCCAAGAGCGAGAACGGCGCUCGCACUGACGUCACCCAGAGGCUCAACCUGCGCAGCCAGCGGAGGGCGCAGGGACGCCGGCCAGCGUACAGUUCAGAAACCGAGACUGACCUGUUGUUCGACCAUGACUACGAGGUCGAGGAGUCUUCUAGUUCGCUGCAACGUGCUGAGAGCGCACUACGAGCCAUCGCCGAGUCAGCAGGAGAUGCCGUCAAGUCCUCUUCGCCCGGACUGUUCACCGAACUUGUGUUCAGCCUGCGCAAACUGACCAUCACCGACCUGCAGAUCCUGUUACGUAAAGCCGAAAGCAUGUCACCAAAGGCCAAGAAAUUUUUUGUGGACUCCCUGCCAGCUGCCGGCAGCCCUGCCGCCAUCCGCAUGAUGACUGACUCCAUGAUCUCAGGUCAGGUCGCCGGAAUCGACGCCGACAUUUGGCUCACAUCCCUGGCUUUCGUAUCGAAGCCCACGUCGGAAAUGAUCGAGCACGCUCUGCCUCUGCUGAAGCUGGAGCGAUCUCAGGCCUACCUCGGAUUGUCCACGAUGGCCUACGCCUAUUGCCGCAACAACGCGAACUGUGCCACGGACCGCCCCAUCAAGGAGCUCGUCCGCGCUCUGUACCUGACCCUUGGCGAGAACUGCUACGCCCGCGACGACCGCACGACGCUAAUGGUGUUGAAGGCUCUCGGCAACUUGGGCCAGUCUGAAGGCGCAGAGGAGACGCUGUACCGCUGCUUCCAGAACCCGCAGCUCGACAUCGAGAUUCGUCUAGCCGCCGUGCAGGCAUUCCGCCGCUUCGACUGUGAUAUACCGCGCAACCAGAUGCUGAGCAUCUACCAGAACGUGCACGAGAACGUUGAGCUGAGGAUCGCCAGCUACUUGGCCGCCAUCCGAUGCCCGAGCAGCCCAGUCAUCGACGCCGUCAAGGAGACGCUGCGCACGGAAUCCAUCAAGCAGGUGGGCUCAUUCGUGUACUCUCACGUGCGCAACAUGGCCCGCGAGCCAAGCGCCUACCAACGCGAGUACCGGGCCAUCGCCAACGACCUGUCGCUGAGGAACCGCUUCGAGCUGGACUUCCGCAAGUUCUCGCGCAAUGUCCACUACCGCAUGUUCUUCGACCCGCUGGACACGGGCUUCGAGCUUGACGGCGACGUCAUCUACACGCCGGACUCGUACUACCCGAGGAGCGCGCGCGUCGCCACCUCCUUCGACAUCUUCGGCAAGAAAGUGGACCUGUUCGAGGCCGGUGCCCGUGCGGUGCACCUGGAGAAGAUCGUCGAGCAGUGGAUGCCGAGCGACAGCCACAACGCGGUGCGCGCCAAGAGAGCCAUCAGCGACAACAAAAUCGACGAGCUAGACAGAAGGUUCGCCAUCAAGUCCAAGUACAGCGGCGAGCCAAAGGCCUCCGCGUACGUCAAAUUCUUCGGCAACGAGAUCGCUUCGCUGCAACUGGCCGCCGGCACGGCUAGCCCCUACAGCGACCUCGUGCAGUGGCUCUCGCGCCUGUCCGACCCCAGGGGUCUGGACCUGAGCAAGAGCGUCCUGUUCGCCGACACCACACUCACGGUGCCCGCCAGCAGCGGUCUGCCGCUUCGAGUGUCGGUCAACGGCUCGGCCACCGUCGCCCUCAAGGUCGGCGGAAGCUCGCAGUUCCGCAAGGGAUCCGUCGACGUCACCGGUCUCAUCAAGCCCAGUGGUGCCGUUCAGCUGGCGAUGCUUAUGAGCGUGGAUGCCCACAAGUCCACCUCUGGAGUGCGCAUGGUAGCCACCAUGUCUUCUUCCUGGUCCGUGGACGGCUCCCUGCAGAUGCAACAGGGCCAGGCCAUCAAGGCGAAGCUCAACAUGCCGGAGAAGGAGAUGGAGCUCAUCGACGUCAAGAGCAAGAUAUUCCUGGUGAACGGCGCCUCGGAGCUGGAGCACCGCAACGAACCGCAGAAGAAGCUGGAGGCGGAGGCGUGCACGGGCUCGGCCGUGGAGCGGGCGCUGGGCCUGCGGCUGUGCGGGCGCGCCGAGUUCCCGGUGUCGAGCCAGACGUACCGCUCGCCCAUGUACCCGUUCAGCGGCAACGCCGAGCUGAGCCUGCGCCUCGUCAAGGCCGAUCCGACCCUGACGUCGUACGAGUUCGAGUCCAGCUUGACGAACACCAAGGACCUCUUGAGCGCCGUUCUGAGCGUGAACACGCCGGGAACCAAGACGGAUCGCGAGAUCACGGCAUCGCUGCAACACAACCUGCGGGACGGCACUGUGGCGCUGAAGCUGAAGACGCCGCCAAAGAAGCUCGCCAUCGAAGGCCAGUACAAUUUCGACGAGAAACUAAAGAAGCUGAACCUGCAAGCCAAAGCGGACGAUGAGGCCUUCCUUAAGCUUAUCACCGAGCUGAGGGCAGAUGCUUCUUCGGGUGACGACGGUAUGAACAAGUACACGCACGUGACCGAAGUGACUUACCACGGCGAAAAGAUGGUGCUCGUCAACGGCCAAUGGGCAGCCGCCAAGGGCCGCAAGUACAGCGGCAGCGUCAGCAUCGAGAAACUCACCGAGCAGCCCGUCCAGAUGACAAUGGACCUGGACCUGACGGACAAGCGUCGCGUGCGCUACGAAGGCUCCGUGCGCUCGUUCUUCGUCAACGGCGCCGUCAGUGGCUACACUCAGACAGGAGACAACUGGUCCACCAAGGCCGACGGAGAGCUCAGCCUCAUGGGCGGCCGGGUCGAGAAGGUCGGCUUGACGGCCAAGUUCCGCGACCUGUCGUCGGGCUCGCUGGCCAAGUACAGCGGUGCGGCCUCCUUCCAGAACACUCUCCACCCGGCGCUCAACACGGAGCUGCAGUGGGACUGUCAGAGGACCGACGGGCAGCUCGAGAACUCGCUCCAGAUCGUGCGCGGCGAAGGUGGCAAGAAGGGCGGCAACACCAUCAAGCUCCAGCAGAUUGCUCGCUACACUGGAACACUGGCAAACAACAACGCGGGUCUCUCGCUCAAGCUGAAAUACCCUCAGAAGCGUAUUGAUUGGCAACUAGAGAUGAAGCACGAAAACACACCAACCAGCCUCGUUAAUCGCAUGGACAUAACAUACGCUCCCUCAAGGCAGAUCAACACCGUCAUUGACAUUUCGACUUCGCCUGAGGCCAAGGCCAACCUCCAGCUCGCCUAUCCGGGCCGCGAAAUGAGGAUGAGUGCCAACUACCACAGCAGCACUUCAGAUGAAUACCGUGGCGACGUCCUCCUGCAGUGGAACAGCGACAAAAAGAUCGAGGCAUCUGGAACAUUCAAGCCUGGUUAUGACAGACGUCAGUACAGCCCCAGUUUCGAGGCUGAGAUACGAAUUCCGAACAAGCGUCCCGUCACCGUCAGUGGAUCGUUGCGGGCGUCCCGAGGAUACUACUCCGUCAACGCUGCGUCGCAGUGCAGCCGCGGGAAGUACGAGCUGAACGGUUCCUAUCGCUCCGCGGAUGCCUACAACCACAACGUCGAACUUAGGGUGAACACACCCUACGACAUUUACUCGGCAGCCGGAGGUAUGAAGACUACCUCGGAGAAAAUUGCCGCCAAUGUCAACAUGAAGCUCGGACGUCACCGCGACGUACUAGCCACUGCUGAGCUUACGGCGUCAAGACAGAGCAGAACAAUCAACGUCGAAUGUAAGUGGGAUGCCGCCCGCGACGCCUCAAGGCGCGCCAGCAUCAAUGCCGAAGUCACUCGAGUCCCGGGAGGAUACAACGCUAAGUUCGCUGUCAAGUGCCCAAAGCAGGACAUCCGAGGAAGCGUGGCCACAAAAAUCGAAGGCAGGGCAGACACACCACUUCGUGUGAGCAGCAGCGGAGAGCUCGAGUGGAUGCCACGUAAGAAGAUGACUUACGCUACCAGCCUGGACUGGAACCCCGACUACAGGCGACGUGCUCUCAAGGCCGACGCUCAAAUUACUACCCCGUUCUACUCUGUCGACAAAAUCGGUUUCGUGUUGACCCACAACGACGACGGCCGGGAGUGGAACACGGAAGCCAAAAUGACGCUCCCAAGAAACCGCAUUCUCGCUCUUUCCACCGACGGUCUUUUCCAAUCAGACCGAGCCCGCAGAACCGCUCAAGCAACAGUGAAGCUUCAGACACCAUACAAUAGUCAGUACAGCCUGGAAGCUGUUCACGCGGCGACCUACUACGACACUAACAACAAGAUUUCUCUUCGGUGGGCCGAAGACAAGGUUCUUUCCGCCGAAGCCAGUGGCGCCUACGGCCGCGGAUUCCUAAGGGCGAAGGCCGAGGCUUUGACUCCCGUACCAGGGUACGAGAGGUUGACCGCUUCACUGGAGCACACACACGCGCCUGAAAGCAUCAAGUGCCAGGCUGUCGCGCAGUGGACGAGCUACAAAAGAAUUACUCUUGACAUUGAUGGACAGGUGAACAGGAAUGGUGAGAAAGGUAGCCUCGAUGGAAAGCUACGUGUAACGACACCGUUUCAGGGUGCGGAGCAAUUGACAUCGCAGCUCAGCUUCAGUAAUGACGCACGCAAGACUAUCGCCGACUUCGAGGCCGCCCGAAACAGGGAUAAGAUUGCCGGUGGAUUCAUGAUGACUCUCUCGAAAUCGCGCUAUGACGUAGCCCGCGAAAUGAAAAUACAUCUUGCCAGCCCAAUGCACGGAUACGAAAACCUUGAAGCAAGCGGAUCGUACUCGGUCAACCCGGAGAAGUUCAGUGCUGUCUUGUCGGCACGACUCCCCUACAGCAAGAAGGUGUCGAUGCGAAGCGAAGGUAGAAUCGGAUCCAUCCACGACUUCACUUCGCUUCUCCACGUCCAGCUACCUGUGCGCAACUUCGAACGAAUUAACAUCGAGGUCUCCCACGCUGCCACAAAUCGCAACGUUAAGUCCACCGGUCAUCUAGUCGUUGGACCUAAAACGUUCACCCUGGAAGCGAACGGUGAUUACGUAUUUGGUCGAGGAAGCCAUGAAAUCACGGGAAAAAUGCUGAUCACAACGCCAAUUCGAGAUUACCAACAGAUAAGCAUUGACUUGAAGCAGACGAGAUCAGGCAUCAACUAUGACACAAGCUUCCAAUGUACAAGCAGCAGCUCAUCGCUCACCUUGAGCCACCACCUCAUGAUUCGAGACAUCGGAAACUUCGAGCACAGUCUUGAGUUGUCAACGCCAUUCGCUGCCCUACCAACGCUAAACAUCAGGAACAAGAAUCAGGUCCAGAGAAGUAUAGUCCACCACAACAGCGAAAUGGAAUGGCAAAACAAUAGGAUGCUGUCGCUGACAAUCGACGCUUCUGCCACGCAGUCCCGCUACGCCAACGAAGCGGAGGCCAAAAUUCAAAUGUUUUCGCCGUGGCGUGCCCUUAACAGUGCUACUGUAAAUGCUAAGUACAGUUCUAACAGCCAAGAAGUCGCACCAAAAAUUAACGUGGAAUGGAACCGCAACAACUUCAUGUCAAUUGAUGGUACGCUCAGAACACGAGGCUACCUUGUUGCUGAAGGCAAGCUAGCACUGUCUAGCACAAUCAGGCCACUUCAAGCUAUAACGCUUAACGUAAAAUAUGAUAUCGCCAACGAGCAGAAGUCUGGCGAAAUGUCCGUACAAUGGGAUCCUCGGCCCGAAAAUAUCAUCACUCUCACGGCCACGGGUUCGCGUAGACAUCGCAGUGCCGACAUAGAUUUCUCUCUCACCACUCCCAUUCGAGGCUACGAGCGAAUCCAACUGCUGGGAAACGUGGCAGCUGACGAGCGAAAAAUAAACGGAUUGUUGUCAUUGGCGUCCCAGUGGAAAAAAUACGAACUAACAGCUGAGCUCAAGAACACGCGCUUUGGUUCUGCCAUAGAAAUGUCACUGAACACUCCUCUCCGCGGCCUUGAGAAACAAAAGCUGUAUGGUGAAUAUAACGUUCACUCCAACAAGAUAACCUCAAAAAUCAACGCGGAAUGGCAGGGAAAAACAAUCAAUGCCGAGUCUGAAGUGCUGAAAACUGAGAGCGAAGUAAAGGCGAAUGUUAUCAUCAAUACGCCAUUCCAGGUCAUGAAAAACAUUCACAUGACUCUAAGUGGUAGUUCUCUCCCAACCUCCAAGACAAUUGCUGGUGCAGUUCAAUUGGACAAGCAAAAGUUUGAGCUUAACGGCUUUUUGGAUACUUCCAGCCGCUCGGUAAAGCUAGAGUUCCGAAGCCCUAUUGAAAGCAUGGAAUUACUUCAGUUUAACAGCGACCUGCAAGAACACAGUCGAAACAUCAAAGGAAAUCUCUCUCUGCGUUGGUCUCCAAAUGGCGCCAUCACGCUAAAAACUGAAUCGGUGGGUCCAUUUUCUUACGAUAUCGUUCUGACGACUCCCUUCGAGGGAUACCGCCGGUUAAGCCUACGCACUUCCCUCGAUCUUGCUCGAGAAAACAAGAGAGCAAGUAUUGUACUGGAAAAGGAGAGCCAAAAGAUUUCUUUGACAGGAUUCAUUGUUUACACUGAACGGGAGUCGCGGAUUGACAUUGACCUGGCAACCCCUAUUGAGGCCCUGGAAUUUGUGAAAAUAUCCGGAGACCUCAAGUCGAACGGCAUGAGUGACGUAAAGGGGUCGCUCGUGCUUAAAUCUCCCAUCAGCCUCUUCGGAGACUUGAACUUCCUUGCUGAAUAUCAGAAACUGGAGCAGUUGGAGCGAUUGCUGCUGUCUGCUAACGCCGUCUCUUGGAAGUAUGAGAUUAGUGCAAGACGGUCAUUUAAUGACAUAUCUAUGACAGAGGCAAGCCUUCAUAGUGAGUACUCACCUAUCAACGAGAAGAGCUCCAUUUUAGAUAUAAACGUCAAGAGUGACGGUUUGAAGGUUAUUACCGGGAACUUUUUGCUUUCACAUAAUGGACGUGAUCAUUCCUUCAUGUUGAACUUGAAAAACCAUGGUCCAUACGAAGGUUCCAUUAAAAUUAGGUGCCCCAACUUGCCCGGAAACAGAGCAGCUUUGAGCUACGUCGUGAACGCUCCCAGUAAAUACUAUGUAGAUUUUAAGGUAACGGGCGAGCACGCACUGAAGACACACAUAAUCGACGGCAGCUUCGAGAACAGGUUCUCCGAGAUAGAGACGCAGCUCAGAGUGAACUGCCCUCUUCUUCGGCAGGGACCCGCGGCUGCGCGUCUUCUCCUGUCAUCGGGGAGCCGCGACAGCGUCAAAGCUGUGCUCAGCUUGGGCUUCGAACGGAACAUGAACACCAUCAGUGUCGAAAGCAACUGGGAUCACCGAAUGGCAAAGGGUAAGAUGGACAUUGAAUCCAGCUAUCUGCCCGGCGGCACAGUCAAGGCUGAAGGCGAUAUCACAAUGAACCGGCAAGGGGCUGUCCUCUCCGUCACUCUCGAAAACGCACGAGACACCCAUCGGCUCACCGGAAACUGGAAGCGUGUUUCUGGAACCGCCGACGCACAGCUCAGCAUCGAGUCUCCAUUGCUCAGCUCCAGGACCUUGACUGGAAGUUUCAAUUUCAGAAACGACGACAGGAGUGGCCGCGUCGAAUGCUCGCUCAUCUUUUCCACACCACGCGAGAACUUCAAUACCUUCGUGGCCUUGUCGGCACGUGACCUCAACUCCAUGGAAGGCAACGUGAAAAUUGAAACGCCUUUUGAGAUUCUCCGCUUCGCCGACGUGAACGUCAGAUUUAGCAAUGUGCAAAACAGAGCUGUUGACUGGUCCUUGGCCAUAAAGUCUUCGGCCUCCUGGCUUCAAAACGCGGAUUUAUCGGGAAAAGUGCGAAGACAGGAAGGAUCCGUGGAGGCCACAAUCCAAGGACGCCUGCCCACCAGAACGCUCUCCAACUUCGAGUCAACUUUUGCAUGCACACACAACAGCGACUUCACAACCAUGUCACCUCGGUUGAGCAUCGUUAUCCCUGGCGUCGCCUACACAAGCGAAGCUGAAAUCCGGCUCUACCCUCGAGACUACUCCAUUAGCGCGAGCCACGAGUGGGGACCACGUCGCAAAAUCCUGGCUACUCUCGCUGUGAAGAAGCCAAAUGGAGCUUUCAGCGUGCACGCGGCCCUUACCACACCUUUCCAGAACAUGGAGCGUAUUGAGGCAGGCAUGACGUGUGGUAGGGAAGGAGAAAAGCGAACGUUCCGGGCGACAUACAAGGGACCGUGGAACCAGCUGUACGAACUACAGCACGCCAACAGCUACCACGGACCACUCAACUUCCUCUUCGACAACAGCCUUGUAACUCCUCAUGUCGGAUUCCGCUCAGUACACUUCAAAGUUCUGCAGCAGAGCAGUCGUUCCCGUCUGGUGACUGACAUCGAGUACAACCUCGAAGCUUCGAAGGCUGCUUUGCGCGUCGACCACGACCGAAGAGACCAGAAAGGCAGCAUCGUAGCGACCUCCAGCGCACAAAAGCUUCGUAGUCUCCGGGCAGCAUAUGAGCUCAGCCUCUACAAAGUGGACGGCGAAGUUAACCUCAAUGACGAGAAGGUUCUCAAAAUUUCUGGUGCUGCCGAGUACGUGAAAAGUCUUCGCGCUCACAGGUGCACCCUCUCUAUUCACGUACCAGCUCUGCGUCUCGCGGUCGAAGGAGGCUACAAACCCGUCAACUCCGGCAGUGAAUUCAACGCGAAGUUCAACUCGGCUCGGCGCAGCAUUGAACUGCAGACCCUCUGGCAGAACCACCCCUACAGUCUCGUCCAUCAGGCGUCGCUAAAAUGGGGUCAAGACCGCGGCGAAGAGUUCUCCUACGAUCUCAGAAGUACCCGCAGUACGCGGCGCGACCUGGCCAACACGGACGUGUCGUGCAAGGUUAACUUCCCCUUGAGGUCCUUUGAGGUGCGUGCCAGCCAAAGCCAGAGGAAGAACGUCGACAGUUUGUCCUGUGAGUUCUUUUGGGACGCCGCUCGCGACCAGAGUAAACACGUGACCUUGACAAUGGAACACCAGAACCUAAGCAGCAGAUCGGCUUGGGCGCACAAGAUUUCUGCCUCCAUCAAGCACCCAAGGCUUAACAAGGACAUCACAAUGCGCCUCGAAGGCUCCCUGAGCGGCGAAGAAGUGCACGGCAAGACGGAGCUCGAGUACUCGCCCGACGCGCGCCACAACGUGAUGCUCGAGGGCCGCCUGAAGAACCACGGACGGUCUCACGUGAGCGCCGAGCUGACCGCUCGCCAGCCGGUGUCCCUUAUGGACAUCCACACUGUUGCCGAACUGAAGAACGGCCGGGACGAGGCCUCGGCACAGGUCACCAUCAACUACAUGAACCGCAACCGCCAGAUGCGCGUGCAGGAGCUGAAGGCGUCCAUCUUCAAGCUUCGCCAAGCCAUCGACGUGCUCCUUCGAAGCGGACGCGACAGCAGCCAGCUCAAGGGUGAAAUGUACGAUCGGGGACAGGAGUUCGGAAUGUCCCUGCAGCACCAGUUGAACGAGCUUCCGCCAACCAAGACGCACCUGCGGGUGAACAAGCGGCACAGCAAUAUGGAGCUCGUGUUCACGGGAUCUGACGCGUCGACGGCCAAGAUGUCUGCCACGGCUUCGAUGGACAAGCGCGAGAUUCGGCUGUCGCAUACGACACUCGGACGCAGCGUGUCCGACAUCCUGAUCAAGUUGGGCCUGAAAGAAAAGCGUUUCCUGUCCUCCGAGGUCAGCUGGAGGCCCGAGCUCGCCAGAGAGGCUUCGGACUACGCCAUGGACAAGUACGACAGCAUGCGCAACCAGCUUUACGACAUCUGGCAGAGCUUCAGCGUCGAGACUCGGCAGGAACUGCGUGCCAAGCGCCUCAUCAUGGGGCAGUCCAUCAGCGCCGAGAUGCGGCCGCUGCUGCAGGACAUCGCCAACGACUGGCGCGCUCUGCAGUUCGAGGUCAGGAGAGCCGUGGAGACACUCAAGGAGCUCUACCGCCUGGACCAGUUCUACGCGAAGACAGUCGUGAACACCUGCGCGGGUGUUGUCGUUGCUGCCGGGCAAAUGGUUGCCGACACAUACCGCCUGGUGACUGCCGUGGGUGACUACGUGAUGCGCUACGCUUCGACCUGGCUCACGUUUGCGUGCGAGAACAUCGCUGACGUCAUGGAGCGCUUCGCCGAAUCGAGCCGCCGGACGCUGAUCUUCGCCGAGCGCCUGCUGAUCGUGUGCAUCAACCGCGCCGCCCUCGCCCUCUCCGAUGCCACCGAGUACCUCGUGAUCAAGCUGGAGAAGCUGAUGAGCAGCGUCGCCGAGCAGGUGGUCGACUUCUGCGAGCGCUACGGUCCCUCCACGGCCGGCGCCCGCGAGCUCCUUGACAGCGUCGCGGAGGCCAUCUCCGCGUACGCCAGCCCGCUGGCCGAGCGCAUCAUGAAGAACGCCAUGGUGCAAGGAAUGUGGCGCUACACGGAGCGCAUCGUGGCCACGCUGAACGCGUUCAGCGCCGAGUCCCUGACCAGGGGCUACCGUUACGCCUACGACACCGUGAGCAACGCUGUCGGCGAUGUGUACGAGAACGUCGUCUACCACCCGCACGUCCAGUACGUCAGCGAGGUCGCCAGCAGCGCCAUCAGGAAGGUGCGCGACGUGAGCGACCAGCUGGGUCUGCACGACGUGGCUGCAGCAGUGAUCGACAUGUGCGCCCAACAGGUCCAGGACAGCAUCGUCGAGGGCUUCACGGACGCCGUGCGCGAGUACUCGAACCUGCGCUCGGGGCUGCGCUACGAGUUCGCGCCGCAGCGCGGUGUCAUCCUCGCCGAGGUCCGGCUGCCCGCACAGAAGGAGAGCCUGCGUCAGGCCCUGGACGUGACCAGCUACCCCGAGUUCGACCGCCUCGUGGCCGUCAAGGAGCGCUUCUACGACUUGGGAGCCAACUCACUGUGGGACGCCUACUACCAGUACAGUCGCAUCGCUGACCCGCAGACCUGGAUGCCGCCUUUCAAGGCCCGUGCCUUGGUGGCUGGCUCUCAGCACUACCGCACUUUCGAUGGCUUCCACUUCGAGUUCGCCGGCGAGUGCAGUUACCUACUCGCCAAGGACUUCCUCAACGACAACUUCGCCGUGGUGAUCAACUACGCUCGCGACGGACAGCAAGUCACCAAGAAGUCCAUCACCGUGAUCACCGACGGCAGCCGCUUCGACAUCAGCACCGACUACAAGGUCACCAAGGCCGGCAGUAAGAUUGAGCUGCCAAUCCAGGUGGGAGGCACAACCAUCUACCGCGAGGGUCACGUGAUCACCGUCGAGAACAAGCGCGGCCUGAAGAUCAGCUGCAACCUGGCGUACGACCAGUGCGUGACUCAGGUGACCGGCGACUACUUCGGCAAGACCGGCGGCCUCCUGGGAACGUACGACUACGAGGACAAGCUGGACCUCAUGACGCCCGACAGGAAGAUCGUAGAGGACGCGACGGCGUUCGCCAGCGAGUGGGAAGUGGGUCAGGGACGCUGCCGCAGCCAGAGGAACCUCGCCCAGCCGGCAGUCACCCACCCGACGGCAACUGCGCUGUGCUCCAAGUACUUUGAGAGAGAGGAUUCCCCGUUCCGAAGCUGCUUCAAGAUGGUCGACCCUAAGCCGUACAUGAACAUGUGCCUCUACGACAUGAGCUCAGCCGGUUACAGCGACAUGGAGAGGAAGGUGUGCAUCAGUGCUGCCGCCUACAGGGAAGAGUGCCGCGAGUUUGGAAUUCCCCUGGACAUGCCCAGGACCUGCGUGCGUUGCUCGAAGCCCGACGGCAUGGAGAUGCUGGCUGGUGACAUCGCCACCGUCACGGACCAGGACUCGCACGCCUCCACUGCCGACGUGAUCUUCGUCGUGGAGCGCAAGCUGUGCAACAAGAACGUCAUCCCCAACCUGAUGCGCCUGGCCCAAAGCAUCGAGGAGCGGUACGCGGCUCGCGGCUUCGUCGACACCCGCUACGCCGUGGUGGGAUUCGGCGGCGACGGCAUCGCCGAGCAGCCCCACGUCGUGACGGCCGACGGCCAGAUCUUCAGCAGCAUCCGCGCUCUGGUGUCCGCCUUCGGAAGCCUCACCAUCGGCAAAGGCGAGAGCGACCCGUUCGCGGCGCUCGCCUACGCUGGCCAGCUGCCCGUUAGGAUGGCCUCAGCGCAGACUAUGAUCCUGGUCAAGUGCACCACAUGCAAGCCUGACGAUGACAGCUCCGUGUACGCCGACAUCUACCGCAUGCUCAUCGACCGCGGAGUCCACCUGCACAUUCUGGACGACGACGACUUCAACGUGCGCACGGCGUCCAAGCCGUCGAAGAGCAAGCGCAUCUUCGGCGUCGACCGAAGGUUGGCCUUCACGGUCAAGGACAUCAAGGACAUGCAGGGCGACGCCGAGCUCCACUCCCAGAUCCGGCUGCCCAAGGACUUCUGCGUGCCGCUCGCCCUGGAGAGCAACGGCACCCUGUUCAGCUCCAUGAAGAUGUUCGAGAAGCGCGCAGUCAACAAGAAGUUCGUGGACGUGAUGGCCCGGCGCGUGGCCGCGUCCAGCGCUCCCGACUGCCAGAUCUGCGAGUGCGUCAGCCUCGACGACGGCGUCGGCCAGUCGCUCUGCUCCCGCUGCGUGUCGCCCACGCUGGGACCCGUCAGAUCGCCUGACUUCUCGCCAAUGAUGUACGAGGAAAUGGUGGAGCGGAAAACCUACAAGAGGCCGAAGACAAAGAAGCUACGGACACAGGACCUGAAAUGAGCGCAUUUUUAAAGCAUUUAAGCAAUGCGCUACCCCGAAAGACUGAGAGAAGGAAAUCACUAUAAUUGUGAUUGAUACCUGGAGAAUGUGUAGCACAUAGAGGCUGAAUUCAUCGCGUUUUAGUUUUUCACAUUUAUUAUUCCUACGUUGCAUUUUUUAUUGAAGUCUCUUUUACAAUAAUGAAUUCAGCCUUUUUCCUCUCUCAGACUCUACCGCCGCUUCACAUUUAUUGCCACCAGCCCCACCGCGAUAUGUUCAAUGCAAUAAAGAUGUGAAAAAAAAACUGUACAACAACGUCAGUGUACAUGUUGUGUAUAGCCGUGUAGCAUCAAAAUAGUGGACGUCCCACCGCUUCGUGAAUUUAACGCAACCUGAGUAUAUAGGAAGUGCUUAGCAGGGAUCGGGGUGAAAAUGUCACUUUCAGUGUUCCUGUACUUUUUGUCCUAUAUACGCUGGCUGACUGGCGUUAUUUCUAGAAGUUGCAUCGUUUUUGUGUCGAUUCGAUUCACAGGCGUCACUCUAAAUUUUAGUGCGUUGUGCAACAAGCUUUAUCAACCUUCAUGCUUGUCUAUAAUCCCGCUCAAAUAUUUUUUAUGUUGCCAUCAGUGUGGGACGACGCUUGCACAAUCGGGGUGAAAAAAACUGCCGCAGGAACUGACACGUGAUGUCAUGGCCCGCGUGUGGAGCAUAUUUCCAAUGCGGUCGUCAGCUGCUGCAAUGACCAAGAUUUGAGGAGAUGGACCAAUACUGGCGGCGGAUGCGUAGUGUGUAGGCGUGCCAUUUCGAAGAAUAGGCAAUAAAGAGUUGUAUUUAUGA